AUGCAAGUCCGCUAUCACUAUAUAAGAGGCUACACCAGAAGCCUUCAUAAGCAAAGCGCUACAGAAGCUAACCCAAGCUCUCACACUAAACAGCUCACACUUAAAGAUAGCCAAGUCAAAGCCACACACCAGACGCAACUACGCUGCCAAGCUAGUCCACUCCAUCACCACCAGGAAGAAGCAGGCCGCAGUCACCCCAAUCCACUCCACCUAACUAAAUCAGCUACAAAUAGCCAUAGCCAGCAGCAAGCUCAGCCAGAACAAAGCCACCUAUCAUCCACAACCAUCAUCUACCUACACAAGAGAUACAUACGCGCAGUAGUCACAAGCCCACCCAGCUCGCUAAGGCGCACCACACAAGAGGCGCAAAUCAGGCAUAAGAAUGCGCUAUACAACCAGGCGCUCCACCAGAAGCGCAAAGCUAUCAACUUCAGCAACAGCUUCCCCUUCACCAACAUCCCCCACCUUAUCACAAACAGGUUCCUCCAAGCCAAGGCAACCUUCUCCAGCAAAAGCAAUACAUAA